AUGCACUCGGUCGCCAGACAACUCGCCAUUCGCGUGGCCACGUCUUACUCGUCGUCUUCGUCGAGUUCUUACUCGUCGUCUUACUCGUCGUCCAAAACGCUCAAAGGCUUUUCACAUUCCAAAAUCUUCGGGAAAAGGGCGAUGGUGAUGAAAUUUACGACGACGACGCCUCGAGCGUCCUCGGACUCUUCUUCAUCGAAGAACGAGAACGACAACACGGACGAAUCGAAACCGCAAAACGAACUGAUCGAAGCUCUGGAUAAAAUCUCAAAAAGGGAAAAUUUGGUCAAGAAGAACAAGAGGAAACAGCCGGAUGUUAUCGUGGAGAAUGCGGCACAUCCGCCGCCUGGUGGGUCGGCUGCUUCGUUAGGCGGCGGCGGGGGAUCGAAUACGGUGAUGGGACCGGGCACGUCCGAAGAGUGGCGCGAGUUGGACGAGAAAGUGAACACGUACCCGAGCGAGCGAAAAUUUCAAGCCAUUGGAGUUAACUCGCCGGAGUUUGUUGGAGACAUGGUGAAACUCGUGGAAGAUACGUUGGGCGACGGGAGGAAAGUGCAUCCGGAAAACGUGACGAGUAACUUGAGUAAAAACGGAAAGUAUUGCAGCGCAAACAUGACGGUUGUUUUGAUGAAUGGGGAAGAGUGA